AUGGCUAAAAGAGACGAACCAGAAUCUAGUAAAAAAGCCGAAAAGAGUUCUGGACUUGUCUUGACAGAUAAGUCUUCUGGCACGACGUGGUCUCUACCAGCUCCAGAAAAAGGUUUAGGCAAUGUUCCAGCACAACCCACGGCUGUAGUUGUUUUACCAAGAAGUUCAAAUACUCAAUCGCUUACGGUUUUGGAUAAUCGUACCAAUAAACUCUAUGAAGUUCCAAUCGACAACAAUACCAUAUCCGCGAUUAAAUUCAAAGAGAUUACUGCGGAUCCUGCUCCUGGAUCUCGAGAAGAGGAUGAGAGUAGUAAAGGAUUAAGAAUAUACGAUCCAGCGUUUCAAAACACUGCGGUCGCGCAGUCCAAAAUCACUUACAUCAAUGGCGAUACUGGUGUUUUAAGAUAUCGGGGUUAUCCCAUCGAACAACUCGCCGAAAAGUCUACAUACCUUGAAGUCGCAUAUCUCUUGAUUUAUGGCGAACUACCGUCAAAAGAUCAAUUUAUGAACUUUUCUCAUGAAGUUAUGCAUCAUACAUUUGUACAUUUUAAUGUCACUCAAUUGAUGCGUAAUUUCAAUUAUGAUGCGCAUCCUAUGGGAUUGUUCAUUAGUGGUAUUGCUGCUAUGAGUACUUUUCAUCCAGAUGCUAAUCCGGCUUUGGCUGGAUCUGAUCUGUUUAUUCGUGAUGAUAAAGUACGAAAUAAACAAAUCUUCAGACUUUUAGGGAAAACACCAACUUUGGCCGCUAUGGCAUAUCGUCAUCAAAAUUUCUUGUAUAUGCUUGACCGAUUGUCAGAAGAAAACUACAAACCAAACCCAAAAUUAUCCAAAGCUCUUGAUGUUUUAUUUAUUCUUCAUGCAGAUCACGAAUUGAAUUGUUCAACAGCAGCCAUGCGUCAUAUAGGCUCCUCUUUGGUUGAUCCGUAUAGUGCAAUUUCCGGUGCUUCAGCUGCUUUAUAUGGUCCACUUCACGGAGGAGCUAAUGAAGCAGUGUUGAGAAUGUUGGAAGAAAUUGGGUCAGCUGAUAAGGUUCCAGGAUUCUUGGAAGAAGUAAAACAAAGAAGAAGAAAAUUAUUUGGUUUCGGUCAUAGAGUAUACAAGAAUUAUGAUCCCCGCGCAAAGAUUAUUAGAAAUAUUGCUUAUGAGGUAUUUGAUGUUUGUGGACGUGAAUCUCUUAUUGACGUUGCAGUUGAAUUGGAGAAAGCAGCACUGGAAGAUGAAUAUUUUGUAAAAAGAAAACUUUACCCUAACGUUGACUUUUAUUCUGGAUUGAUUUAUAAAGCAAUGGGAUUCCCAACAGAUAUGUUCCCAGUAUUAUUUGCACAUUGGAAAGAAUCUUUAGAAGAUAAGGAGUCAAAGAUUUGGCGUCCAAGACAAGUUUAUGUUGGGGAAAGUGUUAGAUCUUACAUCCCAUUAGAACAUCGUGAAGGAAAAGGAAAAGGAGAUGAUGUUUCCAAAGUUUCGCAUCCGUUUAGUAAAAGAAGCUCGGUGGCUGAAUUUGAAAAUAAACAAUCUCUAUCCAAAUUAUAG